AUGGGAUACAAGAUUGAAGUCGCUCAAGAUGCGGACAUGCCAGAAUUGGUAGCAACCCUUUGGGACUCCUUUGAACGGCCUUAUCAAGGCAUAUUGCGCAACUUCUUCCCCAUUCUCAACAAUGACCGUGAGGCCAGUUUACUCGCAGCCAUCGAAAUGCAACGCGAGGAAUACAAGGACUCAUACCCGGAACUUAUCUGGUUGAAAAUCACUUAUCAUGCUGACGACGAAGAUACCAAAGGCACAGUAGUUGGAGGGGCAAAGUGGUUUUUCUUCCAAAGAAACCCGUUUGUUCCAAAGCCAGGCUCGGAUCAUGAUCCUGCCACUGAAGAAGCUGUUUGGUAUCCCGAAGGACCAGCGAGAACAUUUGCAACGGCGGCUAUGCAUGCCCUUGACAGACCAAGAAUGACCAUGGGUCAAGGACCUCAUGCCUUUCUCAACAUUGCAUUCACUGUGCUCGAGCACAGACGGAAAGGAGUCGCCAAUCUUUUUCUGAACUGGGGCCUCAACCGCGCCGAUGAACUCGGUCUGGGGACCUGGCUCGAUGCAUCUGAACAUGGAAAGCCAGUUUACGAAAAGCUGGGAUUCAUUCCUCACGGCAUGAACAAUAUCUCUCCUGUCAUGCCGGCGUCAUAUAACGCAGAACAGAGAGCAGAGUGGGAGAAGAUGGAGAAAGUGAUACUUCCCAUGGACUUCGUGCCAAUGUGGCGGCCAGUGGGAGGUAAAUUUGUUGAAGGUGAAACAGUUAGACCCUGGGAUAACUGA